GGAACAAUGCCGCCGAAUACCCCCGGAAUGGUGGCCACCUCGGUGAGCCCGAAGCGGAUGAGCCCGGUGAAGGUGGGAAGCAGGAGCCCGAUCAAGAUGAUGAUGAAAUUAAUAAUUUUCUUUUGAUGCAGGGCGACGAAAUCGAGCAGUUGGCCCCAUUGAAGCCUCCGCAGGUCCCCGUGCUUCCACCAGAGAUUGGUGAGGAG